AUGCCCGAAGCGACAGGCGUCAUCCCUCCAUCUUGCAAAAGUAACUACACGGUGGCUCCCGGAGAUACCUGCGCGUUGAUUUGGAGAAUCAUGAAGAUAAAGCAGGAUGACUUUUUUAGGCUGAACCCGACCUUACACAUAGAUGGAUAUGGAAACUGCCGCCUCCAGGUAGGCCAGGUAGUCUGCAUUCGCGGUGAUAUUACAGAAUCAACGGCAGGGAUGUCCACACCAGAGCGGAAACCACCGGGCGUGCGGCCGCCGCCAGGUGCUCCCCCGAUUAAGACUCUCACCGACCUGAGUGUUGUUCCGGUUCAUCCUGAACCGACCAAACCGGCGGCCGUCAAGUUGCUUGAAUGGUUGCCCAUGACAUUCAGAACCGUCACCCGGGAAAAUGACAUCUUUACGAGUACAGCUUAG